AUUCAAAUGUAAUAUAUUAUGUGAAAACAAGUCAUUGCUUGAGCAAAUGUAAUGGGACGUCAAGAGUGUUAGCAAGUGUUAGCUAGGGUAUUAUAGCUAACGUAAGCUAGCCUUGUUGUGACAGCCAGGAUUGUUUUUGUUUAUCAAGUCGUUUUAUUCGUGUAGUUGUUGGAUAACUAGUGUUUUACACUGUGUUUGAAUAUGAGAUGCACUUAACUGUAGUUACCGGAAUGGCUUCAUUUGGCUGGAAGAGGAAAGUUGGUGAGAAGGUUUCAAAGUCAGCUGUGCAGCUGUUCGAGGAUGAAGCCGAGAAGGUUAACGAUGCUGGACCAAGUCAGGAUGAGGAGGUGGACUGGCUGCACGCCAUCAAGCGACGGAAGGAGAUCCUGCUGGAGGACUGUGCAGACAAGAGCAAGAGGCUGAAGGAUGAAGGUGCAGAGCUGGCUGAGCACGGCAGGCACUGGGAGGCUGUGAAGAAGUUGGACGAGGCCAUUCAGCUGACUCCAGAAAACCCCGUAUUGUAUGAGAUGAAGUCUCAGGUACUGACCAUUUUACAGGAAGUGUUUCCUGCUGUGAAGGCUGCAGAGAUGGCGGUGAAGUUCCGCCCCCUGUGGUGGGAGGGCUGGCAGACUCUGGGUCGUGCCCAGCUCAACCUGGGAGAGGUGGACCUGGCCGUGAGGGCCUUCCAGGUUGCGAUCCACCUGUGCCCAUCAGAGCGCACCCUGUGGCAGGAGGACCUGGAGUGGGCAUGGAGGUUACAGAAGCAGGAUUUAGCCACCAAGGAGAAGACCCGGCAAGAGGAGGAGACCAAACAACAGAUCCUUAAUGCGCCCGAGCUCGAGCGGGACUAUGAUUUUGAGUCUGAUGAUGUGCUGGCCGCCUGCGUGGCAGUCGCCGAGCGACAGACGCGCUACGAGGAGCUGAAGAGGACCUCCGUGGUCAUAGACGCUGAGGGAAACAUAAAGAACGUCCUCACUGGAGAAGGGGGGUCAGAGGAACCGUUAAAGGACCAGUUUGUCAAAGCAAGAGGACUUUGAUUUGCUUUCAUCUUGAUUUGAUUGAAGAAAUAUAUUAUUUCUGAGCUGAGAGUGAAGCUGUAGCAUAAAAAUAACCUGUUGGGAAGCAAACGUGAGAACAACGUGUGGUGAAGGUUUAUAUACAGCAGAAUAAAAGACGGUUUCAAUCCCUUUUAAUGUUAAUUGUGAUAAAUGUGCAUGUAAAGUCUGUCAAGUUUAGCAUCUCUGUGUGUUUCCUCCGUUUCAGCUAAUGUACUCUGGGGUUACAUUACAAUCUGACUCUGAAACGAGAGACUUCCCCUCGGUGCCCGGUUGCACAAUUUCCAAGAAAAAGUACAAAUAAAGAAGGAAAACAAAAAAGCUCCAAUCACACGAAGUUUCCUGCAGGUGACGCAGUGAACAGCUGCUCACACAUUAACCCAGAAACACAACCUUCUUCUUCAAAAUCCUGAAAGAGUCGCUUUAACAGAAUAAAAUAAUCUUUUGACACAUUUACUGUCGACUCUGCGUCGACUCUGGAUGUUGCUUCCUGUGAGGUUUUGUUGUUUCUGUGUGUGUUUGUUUCUGAAGAAGAGCGUGCAUGCUCAGCAGUUUGUCACUGAGAGAAUACACAUGAAUUAAAAAAGCUAUAAUAGUU